AUUGAUUAUAAAUUAAAAUAGAAAAUUAAAUUAAGGGUUUUUUGUUCAGCGGCAGGAGAGUUCUGAGGCUCACGGUGUCACAUUGGCUGCCGCCUCCUACCGCGGUGUCUGCUCUUCGUCGAACCGUCAACCAUGAUCAUUCCAGAGAAAAACCGCCGCGAGAUCUCCAAGUACCUAUUCCAAGAGGGAGUUUGCUAUGCAAAGAAGGACUUCAAUCUUGCAAAGCACCCAAACAUAGAUGUGCCAAAUCUACAGGUUAUUAAGCUGAUGCAGAGCUUCAAGUCAAAGGAGUAUGUUCGUGAAACCUUUGCAUGGAUGCAUUACUAUUGGUACCUCACUAAUGAUGGUAUUGAGUUCCUCCGAACUUACCUCAAUUUACCAUCUGAAAUUGUGCCUGCUACGUUAAAGAAGCAAAACAAGCCUGUUGGUAGACCCAUGGGAGGCCCUCCAGGAGAUCGUCCACGUGGUCCUUCUCGCUUUGAUGGGGAGAGGAGAUUUGGUGGUGAUCGGGAUGGAUACCGUGGAGGGCCCCGUGGGCCUGGUGUUGAAUUUGGUGACAAGGGUGGAGCUCCUGCUGAUUAUCGACCUACUUAUGGGGGCAGCAGCGGAAGACCUGGAUUUGGCCGUGGUGCUGGUGGUUUUGGUGCAGGGUCUGCCAGCUCAAAUCUCCCUUGAGAUGCUGACGCUCGCAACGUUUAAGCUUUUAUAACAUUUUCAAUACUAGUGGUGGAUAGAUAUAGUUUAAUGUGGAAGAUUGUUGUCCAGGAUCAUUUCAUUUUCUUUUUCCCAUUUUUGCUUUUGAUGAAAAUCGAGUUCUGUAAGAAUUACUGUCACCUCCCACUAUAUUUUUGAGGUUGACCAUCUUUAUACUUCGC